AUGCAACUCACCGGCGGCUUGCGCCUUGCCCCAGAAUAUCACGGCACCUGGGGAGUUGAGCUGGAUGGUGGAGCUAGGUACGCUGGCGCCGUCGCCAUGGAAUUCAUUGACGGCGUUUAUAUAGAAGACCUCUGCGAACGCGAGGAUGAAUCCGGCCGCCUUUACCCCGAUCCCGACCCGCAGCCUCUUUACGACACCGACGACGAGUCUUCAGAGCACGGCAUCCUCGACAUGAGUGAUGGAUCCCGUUUGAAGAUUUUGGCUUACAUUCUUGAGUGUUUCGUGAGGGGCUUCCAAUGCGGAAUUAAGUAUGAGGACUACGACCCUGAAGACUUUAUUGUCACCGAUAUUCGGAAAGGAACGAAAGCGUGGCGGCCCCACGUUGUUAAAGUCAACCAUAGCCAUUGCCGAGUGUGGCAGACCACAUACAAAGGGUUAGGUCCCCUGAGACAGCGCAAGAGCGACAACCAGCGACUCCCUCGUCCUGUCCACCCUGCCGACCACUUCACUCUCCGAGAUCUCUGCGAUUUUGCGGGCUGGUUCCCUUAUGAAUGGUGGCACGACGAAGCCAAGUUUAAGGCGUGGCUCCUGGAAGCGUUUGGGCCAAUGAUUGAGUACGACGGCCAACGAUUCCAGCGUUUUUCUUUGUACGCCGACUUGGAAGUGAAGGAGAGAAUGGAUGCCUUCCAGUCGUUGCCGUUCGCCAAUGAGGAUUCAAUCCAGGGGCUGUUCUAG